UGCCGCCCGUCCCGGUGUUACGGGACCCGGCCUGGAUGGUCGCCCCCUCCCUCUGUGCUUGCCUCAGCCUCUUUCAAAAGGCAUCCUGCGUCUCUAGCUGCGUUGCCGCUGGGCUUGCGAGCCCCGGCCGGCACCAUUUCAGCGUAAACCCUUCACGUCUCUUCCCCCAGGGGCGGGCGGGAGGCGCCGGGCACGUCCCGGUUCGUUGGGGGAGGUGCUGGUGCUGGUGCCGGUGCCAUAUCCAGGGUUUUAUCCAGGCAUUUCCCCUCACAGGCCGUAAGCCCCAGCCUGCUGUGAGCUGCAGCGCUGUUUUGUAUCGUAUCACAGUAAACAACCCUGAGCUUAACAGAGACAACUAACUGAACAAAUCCUGGUGAUUUGUUUUUGCCUUUUAAAACCCCAUUUUCUCUGUUAAAGCCUUGGGUGCUUUCUAAAGGCCUAGCCUCAAGAAUCUGGGCUGGGACGGGGUGAAAUGGCAGCUUCUUCCUCAUCCUCUUCAGCCGGCGGAGUCAGCGGCAGCUCUGUAACGGGGUCAGGGUUCAGUGUUUCAGACCUGGCACCCCCCCGAAAAGCCCUCUUCACAUACCCCAAAGGAGCCGGGGAGAUGCUGGAAGAUGGCUCUGAAAGAUUCCUUUGUGAGUCUGUCUUCAGCUAUCAGGUGGCUUCUACAUUAAAGCAAGUGAAACAUGAUCAACAAGUCACACGGAUGGAAAAACUAGCUGGUCUGGUGGAAGAGCUGGAGGCAGACGAGUGGAGGUACAAGCCCAUCGAGCAGCUCCUGGGAUUCACUCCCUCCUCAGGCUGAGCAUGUCUGGAUUGCUGCUGUCAGGGAGCAGAAGAAAAACAUUUCUGGCCUGGUUUCAAAACAUCCCCCCCAUUUAUCAGGAUGCUGACAGCUGUACCUGCAGGAGUGGGCCUUUUUGGGUAUUUUGUUGUUUUUUUCCUAAGUAAAGCUGCCAGUAAGUGGAAAUGACAGGAUUUUUAAAAUCACCUGUGGCGUUACAGUUGGCAGGGCUGGGUUUCUGUAAGGUAGGAUCAGUUUUACAGAACUCUGAGAAUCACCUUUUUGUGAGGU